UUUGAUUAAAAAUGAAAAAAUAAUAAGAAACAGACUAAUGGAAAUGGAAAUGGUGAAAUGAGGGUUAUGGUAAAAUGUAAGAGAUAAAUGUAUUGUCCUGUAAAAGGUGUUAAUUAUGUGUUAACGAAGUCAACAUUCAACGGGUGUUCAUUUCCUUCACAGGAGCCAACUGCUGUGAAGAAGUUAUAGAUCAGUCCCUUCCUGCUCUCUGACUCUCUACCUCUCUCUCUCUUUCUUUCUCUCUCUCUUUCUCUAUCUCACACACUCACUCACUCACAUACACACUCACCAGCAGCAGCAGCAGCGGCAGCAUCAGCAGCAGCAGCCUGUAUCUCAGUGAGAGGAGGAGACAGAGCGUGACACCCAGACGCUCUUUUGCUUUCAGCGCUGCUUUUAUUUAAGCUAUUUUUUUAUUAUUAUUUAUUUUGUUGGAGUUGUGUUUUAGAUUCUUAAUACCAGGAUGUCAUCAUCAGCUUCUUCUGGACAGGAGCCCCCUAAGAUAACUCCCGAAGUACUGCAGGAAUUACUCCAGUACUACAACCUGAGUCGGCAGGAGUUCAUCAAUACUUACAACAUCCAGCCUCUGGUCUACAUCCCGGAGUUACCCUACAGCGCCAAGACCACCUUCGUGGUCAUGUACGUGGUCAUCUUCGUCCUGGCUCUAGCUGGAAAUAGUUUGGUCAUCUACAUUAUUGUGAAGAAGAGAGCGAUACAGACGGCCACGGAUAUUUUCAUCUGCUCUCUGGCGGUCAGCGACCUGCUCAUCACUUUCUUCUGCAUCCCAUUCACUUUGCUUCAGAACAUCUCCUCUGAGUGGUUCGGCGGGGUCUUGGUGUGUAAGACCGUUCCCUUUGUACAGACCACAGCCAUAGUGACAGGCAUCCUCACCAUGACAUGCAUUGCCAUUGAGAGAUACCAGGGUAUUGUUUUUCCCCUGAAAAUGAGGAGGCAGUACUCAUCCAGAAGAGCGUACAAGAUGCUAGGGCUGGUAUGGAUUGCUUCAGUAAUAGUGGGAUCACCAAUGCUGUUUGUGCAACAGUUAGAGGUGAAGUACGAUUUCCUGUACGAUCACCACCACGUGUGCUGUCAGGAGAGUUGGCACUCUCUGACCCACAGGCAGGUGUACUCCACCUUCAUCAUGGUGGCUCUGUUUGUGCUGCCUUUGGCUGCCAUGUUGUUUCUGUACACACGGAUAGGCAUCGAACUGUGGAUACGCAACAGGGUGGGCGACUCGUCCGUGCUCAACACCAUGAACCACAGGGAGAUCAAUAAGAUCUCCAGGAAGAAAAAAAGAGCCGUGAAGAUGAUGAUCACUAUUGUCCUGUUGUUCACCGUGUGCUGGGCACCAUUUCACACAGUCCACAUGUUGUUUGAGUACUAUGACCUGGAGAACAAGUACGACGGCGUCACGGUCAACAUGAUCAUCGCUGUCGUCCAGGCCAUCGGCUUCUUCAACAGCUUCAACAACCCCAUCGUGUACGCCUUCAUGAACGAGAAUUUCAAGAAGAGCUGCGUGGCCACGCUCUCUCAGUGCAUCAGAAAACCCAACCAGCAAAGACGUGCCGUGGUGGCGCCCAAACUCAGUGUGCAGUACAUCAAACCCCAAAGCAGGGAGGCCUUCGUGGGGUCAGACGAUUCGGACAGCUCCAAGCAGCGUUCAGCCGACAAAGAGGCUGCGGACGCACUGCACAGAGAGAGCACUCUGGAAAUGAUUGGAGAAAAAGUCUCCACGCUCCACACAGACCUGCCUGCCACCUGCUCGCAGGUCAAAUGAGGAGAAUGUGAUUUCUCUGUGAAACACUAUUUUAAACUUCAAUAACGGAAAAGACAGAAGGGGCCUCAAGUUUGACUUAGCUCAUCUUUGUGGUUCUUUAAAAAAAACACACACACAAAAUACAGUUGCUUGUAUCAUCGCAAUCCCCCUGAUGUGAAUCUUUUGGCAGGAGGUCUCAUAAGGAACUCCUCAAAAAAGGCAGUUUUGUUUGUGGUCGCUGGAACGCUAGUCAGACUUAGGAAUAGAGGACGUCUACUUCCUGCGGUCUAUCCUGCCUCUCAGUGAGUUCUCAUUAAGCUGGAGAACACUCUGGACUAAUGAUCAAAAACUCUGUAUCUGCCCAAAAUACUGUGAAAAAAACACCCCAAUGAGGAAAGUCUGAAAAUACAGAGCCAUAUUUUGAACACCUAACCUCAUUUUAGUGAUCGAAAAUUAUUAUAUAUUAGUAUACAUUUUUAUAAAACAAUGUGGCUCGUGACAAUGUGAGCUCGCCUUGGUCUCAGAUGUGUAUCACACUGAUGUUCACCCAACAAAGAGUUGAGGUGGAAGUGAAAAAGACAAGUAUUGCCUUUUGUCUUUUUACUAACAGUCGUUCAGGUGAAUUGCCAAAUUAAAGCUUUACGUUUUUGUGUAUUUCAUAAAGUCCUACUGUAAACACCUUUUUUAAGCUCGUUUGUAAUAAAGGCUCACAGCUAUAUACAUUUACCGCUAAAAGCAGCAGUCCUUGCCUUUUUUGUACUGUCCGCAGCACUGGCCGACAUCAGCAGACUGGUAGUGCAGCACCAGUUGUGUUCAGACAUUAUUCUGUUUAUAUGAGAAUCUGAAAGACAUUAUUUUGAACUAAAAAUGUGUUUAUCUUUAACUGAAGAAAAUAAAUGAAGUAAAGGUUUAUUUUUUUCCCCCUGUGGCCCAAUACCAAAAGACUGUUGAACCAGAGGUUGAGGACCCAUGAUUUAAAGCAUGGAGAAAGCAAGAAUCAGCUGUAUUUUAUUUGAAGCACGACUAAGACCAGUUUACUAAGUUGACAAGUUUUUCUUUUAAUUUCAAAGGUGAGGCCUAUGAACUUUUUUUUUUUACAAAUGUCGGUUCUCUCAAAUCGUCAAUUGAUGAGAAGAUGAAUUACCUCUAUUUUUUACAAAUGACAACCUGUAAACCUGACACGUCAUCCUGACGUUUUAGCAAUGCUUCUUUGUAUCGUUGUGGAUCAUUUUGUACUGUUCACGUCAUAACGCAGCUUGAAUGUGUUCGCAAUGCACAGAAAAAUAAAGACUAUUUUCUCUGUCCUUUAUUCACAUCGUAUACUGCUAAGUCACCUGGCUGGGGCUGACACACACACAAAAUCAUUUUGGACCACGUGGUCAGGAGACAUUUACAUGACAGUAUUUGAUCUUGUAUAAAAGAUAAAAAUGUGUUUUCACAGUUAGCUUUGAAAAUUGAAACCUUGAUCCUAAAUGAAUUCAUAACUGUCCUCAUGUUUCAUCAUUUGAAUUCCCAAAAGUAAAUCAGAUGGAAAUAAUAAUGGCUGCCUAUGAAUCUGUUCUCCAAGAGAGACAAAAAUUGAACUGAUCUGUAUAACUACUUUUUUUUUUAACCUAAAUUAAAAAGCCUUACAAUCCUCCUUUGCUUUGUUGGAGAAAUGACAAAGGACAGUCUGUGACUGCAAUAAAUAAAAAGAAAAAACAAAAACCACGCUCCAUUAUUGUGAAGCCACAAUUUCUGACACUUAUGAUCCGACGACAACGUCUGCAGGCACUG